AUGUCGGGAGCUGAAGAGCAGAAGAAACGAGGCGUGAGGGUCGCCGUCGAGGGUUGCGGUCAUGGGACGCUUCAUGCCAUCUACGCUUCUGUGGAAGAGUCUUGUCGCGUGAAGGGCUGGGAGGGUGUUGACUUGCUGAUCAUCGGAGGUGAUUUUCAGGCAGUAAGAAACCAGCAUGACCUCAACGUCACGGCCAUGCCUGUCAAGUACAGACGCAUGGCCGACUUCCACGAGUACUACAGUGGUGUCCGAACCGCCCCAUAUCUCACCGUCUUCAUCGGCGGCAACCAUGAAGCGAGCAACCAUCUCUUUGAGCUUUAUUAUGGUGGCUGGGUCGCGCCGAACAGCUACUACCUCGGGGCUGCCAACGUUGUUCGACUGGGGCCUCUCCGAAUCGCCGGGCUGACGGGGAUUUGGAAGGGCUACGAUUACCGAAAACCCCAUUUCGAGCGUCUGCCCUACAACCAAGAGGACAUCAACAGCAUCUACCAUGUGCGAGAGAUGGAUGUCAGAAAGCUGUUAUCUCUCCGCUCGCAGGUCGACAUCGGUCUCUCGCAUGACUGGCCACAAGGUGUCGAGUAUCACGGAGACUACAAAUGGCUCUUCCGGAAGAGGCAUGACUUCGAGGCGGAUUCCGCUGCCGGGAAAUUGGGGAGCGUUGCUGCCAGACAGUGUUUGGAUCGGUUGCGGCCGCCGUACUGGUUCUCUGCACAUCUCCAUACUAAAUUUGCCGCCGUGUUCUCACACGACAAAAGUGACACAUCCCAACCGGCAGGCUCUCGGCCCAAUGCGACCGCGGGGACGGAUGCACUGUCAACAGUCUCAGGUACGUUAUCACAAGGAAGUCAGGUCGUCCCACGGCCAGAAGACCGCCAGCAAGUGUCAGCGUGGCAACAGUUUCAUGGCUCUGCGCAACAACAAGAUGCUCAAGAAAGAGACAAGAUUCUAAAGGAGCGGGAAACGGAGCGCCUUCAGGAAGAAAGGACCGGUGCCCCGUCCGGCCCACAAUACUCAUACGAGGAGACGUUCAACAGGAUUGGGAAAGGGGACGGCCUCGAGCGUACCGUGGUGUCGACAACGCGAAGCCAGGUUAACCCGGAUGAGAUGGACCCCAUCCCAAAUCUCGACGGAUGCGGCUGCUCGAGACCGACUAAGAGACAGCGCCGAGAAGAUGAGUCACCGGGUCCUCCCAUCCCCGGUGUGCCUAACAGCGGAGUUCAACCCGACGCAGCAGCAUUUCGGUUGGACGGUGCGAAUGCGAGCUUGCCUGGACCACCGAAAGCCGAGGUGGACAACCCAGAUGCUAUCGAUAUCGACAUGAGCGACGACGACGACGACGACGGCGACGACGAGACUACCGCAGUACCCGGCGAAGACGCCACUAUACCUCGAAGCAACCCUUUUCGAAUCCCCGUUGGAACAGGCAAAGCCACCGACAAUGAUAGCAUGAAGAAAUCGGAUAUGCCUCAGAGUCCGUCUGAAGCGAGCGAGGACGGCGGUGUCCAGCUGAGUGGGCAGUCCUCACCCUUCACCCCAAUGCCCGGUAUCUCUUCUAUCCGACACGAGGCCAUUCGCCCGCAAAACUCGCCCGAGGUUUCCAAGAUGUCGUCUGAGACGGACCUGAACCCGCGCGCACUGCCAUUCGAUCCGCAUCCGCCUGCCAGCCGAAGUGCUGAAGGGGUUUCAGAGCAGCCACACGCCGAAGCGGCACCAGAGAGGCAUUUCGGGGUCGUGGGCAGGAAUGACGAUGUGCCCGACGAAAUACGAGAGCAGCUUGUGGCUCUAUCCCAGACCUUCGCCCAGAAGGAACCCGUCGAAGUCUCUCCCCCACUGCCGUUUCCCGAGAGUAUCGCCAACAAAACCACCUACUUCCUCGCCCUGGGCAAAUGCGAAAUGUACCAGGAAUUUCUCCAGCUGCUCGAGAUCCAAUCCAUGACUUCUCCCCCCGAGGACGAGAUCCAGCGGCCCCUCAAACUCUCCUACGACCCCGAAUGGCUCGCCAUCCAGCGUGUUUUCGCCCCCGAGCUCCGACUCGGCGGGAGCCCGCGGGACCGGGUCCCUCCGCAUCGGGGGGAGACGUACUACCGCGACCGCGUGGUCGAGGAGCAGGCAUGGAUCACCGAGAACGUGGUCAAGCCCGGCAGACUGCAGGUGCCGGAGAACUUCAGCGUGACGGCGCCGAUCUACGAUCCGAGUGUCCAAGUCGCAGCCACCGAGAUGCCGCGCGAGGUGACCAACCCGCAGACCAGCGCGUACUGCGCGUUGAUCGGGAUCGACAACAAAUUCGACAUCAGUGAGCAAGAGAGAGACGCCAUGAUGCAGCUGGGCCCGCGGCCCGAGAGCGCCGAGUUCCAUGCGUACCAUAACCGACCGCGGCAACAUGGACACGGAGGAGGAGGAGGUGGUGGUGGUGGUGGGAGCAGUCGUGGACAUUAUCGCGGCCGCGGCGGUGGUGGUGGGAGAGGAGGUGGGCGUGGAGGAGGCAGAGGACGAGGGAGAGGACGACGGUUUUAA